CCCUUCUUUGUCGGCGUCCAAGACCUCAUCGACCGCAACUCCUUCAAAGACGACAACGUUCCUCGCCGGGGCGCCAACAUCACGACACGCUUCUUCCUCAGCCACGUCUACACCGUAAGCACCCAGCUUUGCGACGCCGCCCCAGACGGGCUAUCCCUGUCUCUAGCAGAGCUCCCGGAGGACAUCGCGCUCCUUUGCCACGGGCUCUACGAUGCAGUGGCCAAUCUUUUCUCUCUCUGGGCAGCGGCUUCGGCGACGCUGGCCAUCUCGUGGCUGUCGAGCUUCGAACUCACAAUCUGUUACCUCCGUGAGGCGAUUCGGACGUCACCACCACCACUCGACAUUGAUGCCGAUGCUUUCCCCAAUGAAGACCAUGUGGCAGAGUUUUCCGACACUCUGCUAGCCGCCAUGUCCAGAGGGAAUUCUCUGCUGCGGAUCCUUAGCGAAGGUGAUAUCUUUGUUCGGUCUCGCCGACACCAAAAGGCGACGGGAAUGGGAGACUAUGCUCGUCCCUGGCUCGCCAGCUGGUCACCACCACCACCACCAUCAAGCAGCAGAUCCUCUGUCGAAAAAGCCACCGCCAGCAUCGCCCCGGCGUGUGACGAAGCGGCCCCAUUGUGCGCACUGCGAUUUCAGUGA